AUGGAAGAUAAUAUAUCACAUGUGGGGAAAGGUGGGAGGGUCCUUGACCAGGAAUCCGUGCAGCAUCAAUAUGCAGUGUAUGACCCUGUAUUCUCUGCUGCAUCUUCUUAUGGAAAUGUGGGUGCGGACCAUCAGCCCCUACUCACACUUCCUUCCGAAUAUGGAGGAGGAGUUCUAGCGCCUACGCCAGUGGGCUUGAAACCCCGUACGCAAGCCCAGCCGCCCUUCACUCUGUUCUGGCCCCUUCUUGCCUUUGUCUUGGGGUUAUUGGCCAUCGCUUCUAUUUGUAGCUCUGCAAGAAGGCACAGCGCAAAGCUGAACUUUGGCGUGCGACGGCUAGCAAGCGAAAACAAGGAAGAAGGGGAAGAUUCUGGUGCGCCCGAACGGGAAAAGCUCACAGAUCUCUGCCUAAGUGUCGGCGAAUGGGCUGCCGAAAGUCCCCUAGGGCGUCUUUCACCGACGUUUGUAGAAGAUUACUUCUUGAAUUUAGACGACGAAACCGUUUUUCCGCCGGCAGGUCCACCUGGGACGGCACAUGCACAGCGGCAAGUCGUUGACAGUGUUCAUGGUGAUGACGAAGGUCCCGGACCCAGCAGCAGAAUAUUCGGGUCUUCGAGUGGUCAGCCUCAGAAAGUCAGCCCCGCCCCCACAGUGCAGCAUGAUUCUCCGGAACGUCCGACUUUCCAUGAGCUUGUCCCGGUGUCGGCUGUUCCAGAAUCCCCCGCAGAAGCUUGGGUAGAAGAUCUCGACUCGCCGCAGCCAAGUGGUUCAGAAGGGGUGCAAUCCGAGGCAGCUGAAGGGCCAGCGCCAUCUACGGCGUUGUGGAGGCCUUGGAGUGGGGAGUCCCAGGUGGUGACCCCUGCAACCUCUUCUCUUGGCUCGUCGACGCUCCCUCAGCAGCACGUGACCUGGCCCAGCCUAAUAGCAGGGCGGGUAGCUGACACGGCGAACCUUCCACAGGCCGCUCCAGUGUUUCCGCCACAGCAACUGCUGGUGCCUGUAGUACCGGCGUAUAUAGUUCAGCCAUUGAGUGGAACGGCGUCACUGUACCCACAACUCGUUAGCGUACCCCAUGUGACCCCGCAGCCGGCGCCUACACUGCCGAGUGGUGCAGUCAGCCCAUCUGACGCUGCUUCUCCCAGUUCCUCCGACACCAUGCAACGGGGCGCCGAGCAGAAAACUGGAAAAGGCUCCAGCGCCCCGUCUAGUAAGCUCAAAGACUUGCUCAGCCGCAAGAGAGCAAGAAGAGCAGCAAUACGCAGUGUUGUACGCAGCGCAAUCGGUGGACGAAUCUCCAGCCAUCCUUAUAUUUGGGUUCCUCCGGUGACCGAGAAGGUGGAGAUUAAGCCAUCUUGCAUGAAUUCGCCAGAACUUCCACCGACUCCUCCGCAGUACCUUGCCGCCCCGCUUUUACGCUUUAGGGCUUUAUGCAAAAAGCGCCACCUCGUGCAGAGAGACGUGGACCGUCUACUAAUGAUAGCGGGAAAGCUGGCAAAGCUCGCUCAAGAGCGAAUGACCACUGUUCCAAAGCAUUCUCCGGGUGAGGCCGUCGAUGCGUUGGGCGCUAGGUUUCUGCUUUUGCACACGCUGUAUUCGAUAAAGAAAACCCUGGGAAGCCGUGUGCGCUGGGACCCCUGGUGGCGAGAAUUCACCGCUAUAAUUCCAUCAGAUUACUGUCGCCCGAUGCCAGAGAUGCAUAGGAAGUUAUCACGAGACCUACACGCUUUGGCAUUGCGGCUCAGCGCAGCGAUCAUGAAAUUUAAAGUUGGCGAAGCCCCUGAGGAAGAAGAAGUCGUGGCGCUUAAGAUGCGCUUGUUCUUCUCCAACACGGCAUUCUUCCGCAGGCCGGUGUGGGACCCCUGGCGGCUAGACAGACAAAGUUCCGAUUGA